UCAAAUCUAGUGAUAAGGCCCUUAUUGAUAAAUGAUAAUAUAAAAUGAGUAGGAAAUUGUCAUUCUAAAUAACAUAGCGGUCCCAGCAUGUUUCGAGUUUUAACAGUGUUUUUGUUGGUCAGCGUGGUUUAUGCUAAGCAUGAGAUCUAUGAAGGGUGGUCGAAUUAUGAGUUUGAAGUAGAAAAUGAAGCCCAAACUAAGUAUGUAUUCAUGCUAGAAGAUCAACUAGGCCUGGACAUUUGGUCGCACCCUGGACCGUCGCACUCCGGUAUGGUUCUUGUACCUAAGGACAAAAAGGAAGAAGCAGCCCACAAAUUGCGACUAGCUGGCAUCAAAUUCCGACCUACAGUGGAUAAUGUCAAAGAACAGUUGGACAUAGAAGACCGCAUUAUGGCCGCUGCUUCUAGAAGAACAGUCUCUUCAGAUAUUACUUCUAAGGCGGCUCUCCCUCUGGACAGAGUCUACACAUGGGAAGAAGUGGAAGACUACAUGGUUCGCUUGGCACGGAAUUACCCUGACAAAGUGACCCUUGUGAACGGAGGCUCCAGCUUCGAAGGAAGACCUAUCAACUACUUGCGUAUAUCCAGCACCAACUUCCAGGAUACCAGCAAGCCGGUAGUAUUCAUGCAAUCCCUGCUGCAUAGUCGUGAGUGGCUCACUCAGGCCGCCGCUUUGUAUGCCAUAGAUAAACUUGUCGUCAACAACACAGAGAGUGACCUCAUCAAUGACAUCGACUGGAUCAUCGUGCCCACAGCUAAUCCUGAUGGUUUUGUGUACAGCCAUGAAACGGACCGUUGGUGGAGGAAGAACCGCAGAGACGAUAUUGAGUUUGACUCGGAGGAAAUCAUCCCUGGACUCGAGGACUGGUGUGUGGGCGUCGAUCUGAACAGGAACCACGACGUGGACUGGGCCUCCUUCUCUAGCAACAAAGUUUGUGCCGGCGACUUCCACGGCACAGCACCGUUCUCCGAACCUGAAACUUCCGUCACUAAGAGAAUUCUGGACGAACACAAGGACCGCAUUGAACUGUUUCUGGACAUCCACAGUUAUGGCAGCUAUGUCCUGUACCCGUAUGGAACAGCUAUUCUCCCACCUAACGCUCUGAUGCUGCAUAGGGUUGGUAUUCUGAUUGGAAACGCUAUUGACGCUGUGAAACUGCCAGAAAAUCCGAAUUACACUGUUGGGAACAGUGGAUUGGUGCUUUACCGUGCUUCGGGAGGUACUGAUGACUACGCCCUUAGUGUGGGUGUCCCUUACGCAUACACCCUGGAGUUGACCCAGUUUAGAGGUAGCAACACCCGUUUCUCGGUUAACCUGGCCCUUCUGGAGCAGGGUGGCUACGAGACCUUCGAAGGAAUCAAGGCUGGAGCUCGUUUCGUUCGAGACAAUUACAGAAUGAGGAAAGACAGGCAAUAAAGUGUGUCCAUUUGUUGGCUACCUAAAAAUAUAAUUCUGUAAUCUGUGAAUCAGAGGCAUGUGCAGAUAAAUAAAAAAUAUAUAAUUUAUGCAAGCGAAA